CUAGAAAGUGCAUGCUAUUUUACAUACUCUGCAACUAGCUGCUAGAUGUGCCCUGAAGACUUAAUACUUCACACAGACAACGUAUAUUAACACAUGGUUGACAGCACUGUGUGCUAAGCCAGUGCCCUUUCUCUCUCUUUUUCUUUCUCUCUAUCCUAUCUCUCGCUCUCUCACUUUAUUCCUUCCUCUUAGUUCUGGUGAAGGUGAGCCAGUCACCCACACCCCCUCCAUAUGCACAGGCCAAUCAGAGCUAAUCCAAACUCCAUCCCUAACCCCGGCCAGCCAAUCAGAUAAGGGAGCUGACCAGCUGCCUAGGAAGAGGUUUCAGAGGCGGGGCUCUACUCAGAUGACUACAAAACUACAGAUCCCUCCUCUCAGAACCAGCUGAUCAGAGAGAGACUGGAAUAUACACCAGGACAACAAGACUACAGCCUCCUGCCUGCUCCCAUACAUGUUGGGAAGUACCUAAGAAUGAGACGUAUUGACUUUCAGUUGCCCUUUGAUGUCAUGUGGCUCUUCAGGCACAACCAGCUCCACAAAGAGCCAGAUGUUCCUCAGACCAGAGAGAUCUCAUCCUACCAACCAAAAGAGAAGAGCCUGUCCAGUCACCAGACAUGGGUGUCCCUCCCUCCCUCUCCCCAGGAGGAGUGUUCCAGUCCCAGUAAGAAGCUGUUUCCCUACCUGGACAUGGAGCCUAUGACCACCAGUGACAGGGUGUUCGUCCUGAAGCACCGCGUGUUCCUUUUGAGGAACUGGGAGAGGGGUCAGAGACAGACAGAUACGCCUGAGGAGGGGGAGAGAGGGGGAACGAGAGAAAGAUGGAGGAGGAGUUUCCAGCUAUGUAGCUACUGGGGACAACAACAGCCACAUCAUGUCAGGUCCAUGAAGCAAGUCGACAAAUGGCGGUGAAGAAGAAUGUUGUGUGGACUAGUGAGCCCCUUCGUGAUCCCCAGUGCCCCCAUAACCCCCUCAGAACCACGCCCCAGCUCACUGAGAACAGACAAGAGGAAAAAAAACAGGUGGAGGAGGC